AUGUCGAGCAAAGAUGUUGAGCUGAGCAGUGUUUCUGAUGUCAGAGCCGUCAUCCCACCCGAGCCCAAAAGAAAUGACUCGAAUUCGUCACCAUUACUCAUCUUCGUUCUCGUUGUGGGUCUAAUCGUUGGAUUCGUCGCUCUUGUCAUCGCUGCGAUAAGCCUUGGGCGAACAAGUGGUGGUAGUGGUGGUGGAAAAUCAGGAUGGUACAGGACAGGGAGUGAUGAUCUUACUGGAACACUUCGUGGCUUCCAUGUUGAUAUCGUAGAUGCAGUUUGCGCAGCAGCAAAUAAGGAUUGUCGACUCAUCUGGGAUGUUUACGAGAAUUGUUGGGAUUCUGAAGCUGGUCAGCGUUCUCGUGGUGGCUUUGGACUUAUGGCGCGCUGGUAUGAUGCUUGUACUGGAUGGUUUAAUACCUACGAGCGGGCUCUCACCGUGCAAUUCUCAGACGAGUUCCGCGUUGGUCUAAGUGGAAUCUUUUACGUCAGACCUUCCAAUCCAGGCGGUUUUAAUCCGACUAAUAUCCCAUCAAAUCAGAUAAUUGGUUUCGUGGAUGGAUGGGCAUCCGAUGAAUAUUGUUUGGCUCGUAACGCCGACGCAAUACAGGGUGUUCCACUUGCGCCUAGUCAAGUGAGGCAUUAUCCGACCAGGGAAGCUCUUAAAGCCGGGAUCAUCGCAAAUAAAGUGGCAGCAGGAUUUGCGAACACCAAUGUGUAUGCCGAUGAUCCGGAGCUGGAUACGGUUGGGCAGCCUAUCACUAACUGUAUUAAAGGAGGCGGUUCUAUAAUGUCUCGAUUGGAUAGCUCCCUCAACGUUUGGUGGAAUCCAGCCUUUGCAAGUAUCAAAAACACUGAAACCUACCGACAAAUCUGCGAGCGAGCUUCUACAAGCCAUGGACACAUGCCCGGAGCCACAGGACCUGAUCUUUGUUUGAAAUAAGAUGAAGAAACAAAUCCAUCUAAACCUACACUUUCU